AUGGCUAAUUCAGUAAAUAUAUCGGUAGAAGCUCCUAUUGAAAAUCAAAUUCAAGAAAUUACAUAUGAUGGCCAAGAGAUUUACCAAGCGCCAUUGUCUAUGUCUGAGAACCUAGCAAGACUGGCACAAAAGAUUGAUUUCACAAAAUCAGAUGAUGAAUUCUGUAAUAUCAAGAAGGAAGGUGAAAGUAGUUUAGAUAUAAAGUCAGAGGAUGACAAAGAAUCUGGGUAUCAGUCAAGUUUAUGGCCAUGGGACUCUGUAAGGAAUAAACUAAGGAAUGCUCUUACAGAAGUUUGUGUACUGGCAGAUGUAUUAAGUAUUGCUAAGGAGAAGAGAUAUAUGGUGUUAGACCCUAUACAAGCUGACCAAGUAGAAAGUCGCCCAAUGGUGCAAGUAUAUGGCCGUAAGAAGGCCCUAUCUGCAGCAGGAGCAGUAUUACUCAAUGGAGUUGAGAGACUUAGAGCCAGUGAGACUAUGAGGAUGACACGCAACAUGCCCGAUUUUCAUAUAGACCUGCUCAGACUACGACAGAAUUGGAGAUUGAAGAAAGUAUCAAAUACAAUUGUCGGAGACCUUAGUUACAGAACCGCUGGGUCCAAGUUUAGCCAAACUGGUGUUUUUGAGGUAACCAAAGCCCCAGAGGAACAAAUAGCGCAGGCUAUGAGUAUGAAUGCCACAGGACCAGCGCCUUCAGCCCUCCGGGUGACUGUGCCCCCUGAGCUACAGGGUGUUGCUUUUAUAUCUGUUCUAUGUCAGAAAGAGCAAGAAGAUGUUGUCACAGCAACCCUCAGUUCCUCAGCUCUGAACUGCCCUGGAACUCUCCCCGGGGAAGGAGCGGAACUCCACUGGCAGCAGAAGUUAGAGGCAGCGCAGAAUGUACUCUUCUGUAAGGAACUGUUCGCCAGACUAGCCGCAGAGGCUGUCCAACUUGAUGCUUCUAUACCUCAUAUGGUUGUUGGGAAUCAAAUAAUGGCCACGGUAUUACCAGGCAUUCAGCUAUUAAUUGGACUUUGCCACAACAAUGGCCAGAACAAUAACAAUCCGGAAGGAGUUAAGUCCGAAGGCUCUGGCAACAAGUCCGAACACGACCACGUGUUGGAGCAUUCUUUACAUCAGCUGUUACGCGCCGUGCACCACUCAAACACCCACCACCCCUUCCCACACCCCGCGUCCGGCCCGCUGGGGCCCUCCAAGCGGCGCUCACUUGCCGGUCCAAUGGCCUCCGACCGCUACGAGCUGUUAGAAAUGAGCAAGGAACAGUCUCUUCUGGAGCAGAUCAUUCAACAGGCGCAACACUUCUUUAUGCGCCGGCGCAGUGAAUAUGUCCUCGAUACUAUCGCUAAAGAGGUGAAAGAUCCUCUGAUAGUGUCACAUUGGAACGCACUGAACAGUCCCACACAGUCCUGUGUGAAGAUCAACAUCAUGGCUUAUGGAUACGAUGCAGUGUGCCGAACGUCGCUGGUGGUGCACGUGGGCGAAAAGACGCUGAAAUGCAUCUGCCGGGAUGGGAAGGUCCGGCACCUAUCCUACGAGCUGCAAGAGCUUCGGGACCUCAUAUACUGCCAGAUAUACCAACAUCAAAUGACGGCUGUACAAGCGGUUGGGCGCUGCAUGGGUUGGCAACUUCUGGCCAGCAGUUCACACCUCGGCUCCGGACCUGUUGAGCCAUUGGGAAACGCCUCUUCGUGCCUUCUGGCUUCUCCUAACGGUGACAGAAUGAUAGCAAUAAGAUGCGAACCGUCCGUCGGUAUCCAAGUUUUCAUUGCUCAAUCUCCACGUAAAGACUUCUUCGUUAGUGAACUUGUUCAAGACAAGAAGUGGGAGAACCUAGGCGGCGCCUUCAAGGAGGUGAAACUCGAAAAAAUGGAGGGGAAAAACUUUCUAAACAAAAUGGAAUUACUGAUGGCCUGUCUAAGUAGCCCAUUGUAGAGAAAUAGAUAAAGAUGCGUAUUAUUUAUGUUUUUUUUCCAGCGGGGCGAUAAGAUUCCCAAUUGUGAAUAAAACUUUCCGAAAUGAACAGAAAAGAUCUACCAUGCUGCUCAAGUCAGCAGCAUAUCUCAGAAAAGAAAGCAGGAUUCCUCCGUUCUUUUUGCGAUGUUUUCCGUGAGUCAAGUCGCUUGCUGUAGUCGAACUUUCCAGCUUGUCCCAAAAGCAGGCCGCCCAGGUUGUUAAGGUCUUCUGGGAAUGAGACAAUCACAGGUAGACUUCGAAUUGUUCUGCCACGCCCACUUCAGCAUCUCGUGCAUUGGUUGAGUCUGCCCCCAUACAAAAAGGUUGUCUGUGACACCUACGGAAAGAUUGUCUAUUUAAUGGGUCUUGUCCUUCUUCGCUCUACCUACCUCCUGUCCUCCAAUUUUACCCUUGGAGGUAGUAGCUCUUAUUUUUUUCUGUGGAAGUCUUCGAUCAAUAACAUCUAGAUGUGCCAGACAUCCUCAAAUUGGGAGCCUGCCUACUCUUUAAUUCGCCAAUGUAUUCAUGCUUAAUGUCCGAAAUAGCAAUACAUAUGAAACAAAAACCCGAAACCUUUUUCUGAUACUUACUGCAAAUCUAGUACAUUCUUGAUCGUAGACUAAUAAUUUAUAUAACUCAAUGAGAGAUUCGUUUCUAUAUAAUAUUGAGGUCUUGCAUAAUUCUAUAAAACAGUGGCGCUUCAACAUGUAACAUGUAUAAUCGAACUGGCCACUUGAAAGUAAUUUAAAUGGAACAAUGGAAUAUUUGGGCAAGAAUUUGAAUCGUAUUUUGUACGAUGACGUCAUUGUGUGAAGCACUAGUUAGAAUUCUAUGGAACAUUAUUCAGUAAAAUUGUUAAGAGCUAUAUAGAAGCAGCUGGCGAUAUCAAUUCUUUUUCUACGUUAUAACUUCAUAAUUAUUUGUAAAACAAAGUGCUUGUGCUUGUUGCCGAAGGCUUAGGUAUCCCACAAACGACUUCAUACUGCAGCUCAAGAUUCACUAACUUUUGAUGUUGAGUUAUAAUAAUAAUUGUACAUAUUAUGAAGACUUUUUUUUUUUAGUGCUAGUCUCUGUAAACGAAUAAUCUGGGUGCAGAUUCUGUGGCAUUGCAUCGAAAUCUUAGUAGAAAGACUAUAAGUAUACCCAUUAGUGUCCAUAUUUGCUUAAUGCAUACUAAAUACUCCUAGCAUUGCGACAUAAAAACUGUAUGCAUUAAAUUCAAUUUGUGGACUGUUGACUAAAGUUUACAACCAAAGUCCAGAGAGCCCAGUCUUAAUAUAAGAAAUGAUAAGACUCACUGUUGACUUUUAGACUAAGCUUAUAGACAAUAGAUAAACAUAUUUUAAUUAAGAAUAAUUAGAUAAGCUUAAUUUAAAAAAACAUAUUUGUAAA